AUCGUCAAUUCGUAUCCAAAUUAGGGUUUCUCAUUAUCGUCACAGUCAUCAAAGAAGCUCCAAUUUUCGAUUCGAUUGCAAAAAGAGACGCAGUAAUGGGAAGAGAAGCAGCUCAAAGGCAACAAUCUCCGGUUCAAUACACCGUUGAGCAGCUCGUCGCCGUUAAUCCCUACAAUCCCGACAUCCUUCCGGAUCUAGAAAACUACGUCAAUGAACAGGUUUCAUCUCAAACGUAUAGUCUGGAUGCUAAUCUCUGCAUUCUUCGUCUAUAUCAGUUUGAGCCAGAGAGAAUGAGUGCUCCAAUUGUUGCUCGGAUUUUAAUUAAGGCACUUAUGGCAAUGCCUGCCCCUGACUUCAGUCUUUGCCUUUAUUUGAUUCCAGAGCGUUUGCAAAUGGAGGAACAAUUCAAGACCUUAAUUGUCCUCUCACACUAUCUAGAGACUGCUAGAUUCCGCCAGUUUUGGGAUGAAGCUUCUAAAAGUCGUCAUCUGCUGGAGGUUGUGCCAGGUUUCGAGCAAGCAAUCCAAUCAUACGCUGUUCAUAUCCUUUCCCUGACUUACCAAAAGGUUCAGAGAUCUAUUCUUGCUGAGGCAAUCAACAUGGAAGGACCAUCACUAGACAAGUUUUUGGAACAUCAGGUAGAGAAUAACGGUUGGAUUCUUGAGAAAGGUCAGGGCAAGGGUCAACUUGUUAUUACCUUACCAAAGAGCGAGUUCAACCAUCCCGAAUUGAAGAAGAAUGCUGCUGAUAGUGUCCCACUUGAUCACGUGGCUCGCAUCUUCCCCAUUCUUAGCUGAUCGUGCAGGUUUUGCUGCAUUCUUUCUUGUAGUGUACUGCCUACUUAAAAACAUAAUCAAAUGCUACUUUGAGCAUUAAGAUCUCUUUCAUGUCAACUACAAAUCUAGUGUUACGGAUUUUCGUGGGUUUUCUUUGUUUAUGCGAUCAAAACUUGUUUGA